UAUGAUUCGAUAACUAUUCGAAUAUUAAUCAAAUACUUAUUCAAAUCUUAUUUUGAAUUCGUCUCAUAUUCGGAUUCGUAUUCGAAAAAAUUAAAAUUCAAAUAUAUGGGUAUUGUUUCAGUUUAGAGGUAUUAGGUGUGCUCCGGCAGCAGAAAAUGGCCACCGCUCCCUCGCGGCAGCGAUCCGUAUUCCUCGGUGUCGACGUCGGGACAGGCAGCGCCCGCGCAGGUCUCUUUGAUGAGGAUGGGAAACUUAUUGAUUCUGCUAGCAGCCCAAUACAGAUUUGGAAAAAUGGUGACUUUGUCGAGCAAUCUUCAACUGAUAUUUGGCUUGCAAUCUGUACUGCCGUAAAAGCAGCAUGCACUCUUGCAAAUAUUUGUGGGGAUGAUGUAAAGGGAAUUGGUUUUGCUGCAACAUGCUCCCUUGUUGCUAUAGAUUUUGAUGGGGAACCUGUUACGAUUUCUUGGAGUGGUGAUGCAAGAAGAAAUGUCAUAGUGUGGAUGGACCACAGGGCAUUAAAACAAGCUGAAAAGAUUAACUCCUCUAACUCGCCGGUAUUACAAUAUUGUGGCGGUGCUGUUUCCCCUGAGAUGCAGCUUCCAAAGCUUUUGUGGGUUAAGGAAAGCUUGCAAGAAUCUUGGUCAAUGGCAUUUAGGUGGAUGGAUUUGAGUGAUUGGCUAUCAUACAGAGCAACCGGAGAUGAUACUCGUAGCCUCUGCACUACUGGUUGCAAAUGGACAUACCUUGGUCAUGCUCAUAUGCAUCAGGUCAAUGAGAAAGAUUCACGCACUAUGGAAGCUUGUGGAUGGGAUGAUGAAUUUUUGGAGGAGAUUGGCUUAGGGAAAAGUGUGGCCUUCCCUGGCCAUGCAUUGGGCUCUGGUCUAACCACGUCAGCUGCCAAGGAAUUGGGUUUGGUGGCUGGGACACCUGUAGGCACCUCACUAAUAGAUGCUCAUGCUGGUGGCGUGGGGGUAAUGGAAAGUUUGCCAACAUCUGAUGCUGAAUCAAAAGAAGCUGAUGCUGAAUCUAUAUGUCGUCGUAUGGUUUUGGUAUGUGGCACUUCCACUUGCCACAUGGCUGUCUCUCAAACAAAGUUGUUCAUACUGGGGGUCUGGGGUCCUUUCUGGUCAGGUAUGAUUCCAUCUCUUCAGAAAACUUGAGUGCUGCCUCAUUUGUUUGUUAUUGUUAUUACUCCCUCCGUCGGAAAUGUUCUUCUCACUUAUUAUUCCCAUUUCCUUUUUUUUAACUUACUUUUUAAGAGUAUAUAUCAGUAACACAUUAACACCCACCCAAAUUAAAGUAGUGGCAUUCUU